UGUUCUUUGCCCCCCAACCCCGUGCCCCCCCAGCCUCGUGACCCCCCCCACCCCGUCCCUGCUGCCCCCCCAGGUCCUGCUGCAGGUGCUCAUCAUCCUCACGGGUAACUACAACUUCUUCAACGCUCUCACCAUCGUCCUGGCCUUCUCCCUGCUGGACGAGGAGCACGUGGGGCGCUGGCUGGGGCGCCCCAAGAAGCGGCAGGGCAGUGCCUGGCCCCCCAGCCUGGGCUCCGUGCUGGCCACGCUGCUGGAGCUCAACACCUACGGGCUCCUGCUCUACUGGACCGUGCAGUACUUCGGCCUGGAGGUCAACUGGGACAAGAAGCUGCUGGACUCCAAAGUGGCCUUCACCUACCACGAGUUCACGACGUGGCUGCGGACGGUGACGCUGCCGCUGGUGGGGGUGGCCUUCCUGUCCCUGUCCUGGGAGAUCCUGCUGGCCAUGUACCGCUGUGCCUGUGUCCGUGGAUGCUUCUGGAAGCUCUGGGCCACCCUGCAGUGGGCCAUCAUGGCCACGGCCACCGUCAGCCUGUUCGCCGUCAGCUUGGUGCCCUUCACCUACAUCGAGCACGAGUCCAACGGGAAGCUGUGGCCCGGCAUCCACGGGAUGUUCGGGGCGGUGGAGCGCUUCCAGGUGGUGAAUUCCUACGGGCUCUUCCGCAGGAUGACGGGGGUCGGGGGGCGGCCCGAGGUGGUGCUGGAGGGCAGCUACGACGGGCACAGCUGGACGGAGAUCGAGUUCAUGUACAAGCCCGGGAACGUGAGCGCGGCGCCGGCCGUGGUGGCCCCGCACCAGCCCCGCCUGGACUGGCAGCUCUGGUUCGCUGCCCUGGGGCACCACCACGGCAGCCCCUGGUUCAGCUCCCUGGUGCUGCGGCUGCUGCAGGGCCAGCGGGACGUGAUCCGGCUGGUGCAGGUGGACGAGUCCCGGUACCCGUUCAGCGCCCGCCCUCCCACCUUCCUGCGGGCCCAGCUCUACAAGUACUGGUUCACGGGCCCCUCGGAGGGCAGCCCGGGC